AUGGCCCGAUCCAACUCAUCAGUACACAGCCCCCAAAAGACCAAGCAGAAAUUGACUGAGGAAGAGCUGCUGGUCUUACAAUCUCACUUAGAAGAAUGGAAGGAAGCAACUGGUAAGGAUAGGAAAAUGAUUUUGAAGGUGGUCAUAAAAGAGGCCAAGAUGCAAGCCCCUAAGAUGGAUGACCGGCUGUUGAAGAAAAGGAAAUCUAUGUACCAGGACUGGUUAUAUAACUGGAGAGCUGAAAAGACACUCAAAAAACAAAGCAAGUUCAGUAAGAAAUGGACUACCCGGUUGGUGAUAGAACACCAGUACAAGAAGGAGAUCUUUGAAAAGACCGGAGCAAGGCCAGGAGGGAAGGAAAUGAUUAAACUCUACCAGGGUGCGGUCAAUGCAAUUAUGGCCGGUUUAUCUGAAGAGCAGCUGGAGGAAGCAAAUAAGACUGAGAUAGAAUGGUCUAGCAGUGCUCCUCCUACAGAUGUCCAGGCUGAGUUCGCUCAGAAGAAAGCUCCUGGUAUGAUGAAGGAUCUUGCGACUCAGUUAUGGAGGCAGGCUGGUAUGAGGAUAUUCAUAUUGUCUGCAUGGAAAACCGAGGAAGGCGAAGUGAGGAUCAAUGGAAUUGACUUCAAUGAAAAGUUAGAUGGCAAUAGUUUCACAAAUACAAAGGACUGGAAGUCCAUGUUACCAGAGUGGAAUGCCUAUGUUGGAGAAGAGUUUGCAAUUGACCGGAAUGAUGAUGACGAUGGCAAUGAGGAUGGAGAUGCCAAGGAGAGCAGAAACCAAAGGAGAAAGAGGGAGGAGUUCACUUUAGAGGUCGAUGCCUAUGGGCUUCCGGUCAUACCGGAUAUUGAGCCACUCAACUUAGAAAACAAAAAGUCUCUUAUCCAGACAUUCCUCACAAAACACUACAGGUUUUGCAGUCAGAAGCCAAAGGCAUCUGUUCCUUGGUCUGCAGUGAUGGAGGCUCAAGAGAAUUUCAUCAAGCCCAAGUUUUUACCUACCGGUGGAAAGAUCAAGGACCCAUCCAAGCUUCAGCUUCAUGAAGCUGACCGGCUCUUGCAGUUCUGGCAUCAGAGACAAAAGGACAAGGUUCGGCCAACAUUUGAAUUCAAAGGCUGGCAAGACCAUGAGAAGGAGAUGAGGGAACCGGUGGAGAAGAUCUCAGAGAGCGACUCUAGCACAACAUGCAGUCCAGUAACAUCAAGAACUAGAGUUCCGGUUCAAAAACCAACCGGCAGGUCGACCGGAAAGUCAUCUGGCAAGUCAACCAACAGGGUGGAACCAGAGUCAAGCAGUGAGGGCGAGGAUGGUGAAGGUGAAGGUGAAAACGAUGAAGCCCAAUUACCGCCUUCCAAGCUGAAAUCGACCGGAAAGCCUCGCAAAGCUGUCCAAUCCAUUCCGGUUAAAAAACUACCUGCCAAGUCAACCGGAAAGUCAUCUGGGAAGCCGACCAAAAGAGUGGAACCGGAGUCAAGUGGUGAGGAUGAGAAUGGGGAUGAAGAAGGCGAUGCUGAAGUCCAAUCACCACCCCUGGAGCGUCAAUCUAUUGGAAAGUGA